CCGGUGCCCCCCGGUGCCGCUCCGCCGGCCCGGCCCAGCCCCGCAGCCGCCCUCAUGGCGCUGGAACAGGCGCAGGUCGACGGCCCCGACCCGCCGCGCCUCUGCGAGCCCGGCCCCGCCGCGCCGCCCGGCAGUGGGAGCCCGCUCUCCGCCCCGGAGAGCCCCGGCGAGCCCGGGCCCGGCGGCGAUGCGGAGCCCGCGGCCGCCCCUGGCGCCGGCGGCGAUGCGGAGCCCGGGGCCGGCGGCGCGGAGGCCGCGGGGCAGAGCGGAGCGGCGGCCGAGGAGCCCGGAGAGGAGGCGGCCCCGGCCAGGCCGUCGCAGAACAUCGCGGUGCAGACCGACUUCAAGGCGGCCGAUGCGGACGUGAGCACGGACCAGGACAUCGAGAAGAACUUGGACAAGAUGAUGUCGGAGCGGGCCUUGCUGAAGGAGCGCUACCAGGAGGUGCUGGACAAGCAGAGGCAGGUGGAGAAUCAGCUGCAGGUCCAGCUCAAGCAGCUCCAGCAGCGGAGGGAAGAGGAGAUGAAAAACCACCAGGAGAUCCUGAAAGCGAUUCAGGAUGUUACAAUCAAACGAGAAGAGACUAAGAAAAAGAUGGAGAAAGAAAAGAAAGAAUUCCUGCAGAAAGAGCAGGAUCUCAAAGCUGAAAUUGAGAAGCUCUGUGAGAAAGGCAGAAGGUUGCUGAAGGAGCAGGAGGAGAAGGAGAACAAGAUUGCCUCUCUGAUCGCAGAGCAGUCUGAUGAGAAGCAGCUGUGGGAGAUGGAGCUGGACAAGCUGAAGAACCAGCACAAUGAAAUCAACAGGAACAUCCUGGAGGAGACAGAACGGGCCUGGAAAGCCGAGAUCCUGUCCCUGGAGAGCCGGAAGGAGCUGCUGGUGUUGAAACUAGAAGAAGCAGAAAAAGAAGCAGAGCUACACCUCACCUACCUCAACUGUGCUUGCAGGUCUGCGCCGCCCACGCUGGAGACCAUGAGGCCAAAGCAGGAGUGGGAGAUGAGGCUGAACAGGAUACGAAUGACCAAGCAAAGUGUCCGAGAUCAGUUCAACGACCACAUCCAGAUGGUGAGGAAUGGCACAAAGCUGAGCAGCCUCCCCCAGAUCCCGACGCCGACGCUGCCCCCUCCACCUUCAGAAACAGAUUUCAUGCUGACGGCAUUCCAGCCCAACCCGUCCCUGACGCCGCGGCUCCCCUUCCCCAUCGGGCCCGUGCCCGUGCCCAUGGUCAUGCCCAGCGCCGACCCUCGGGCGCUCUCCUUCCCUCUGCUCAACCCCGCCAUGUCCAGGCCCAGCCAGCCGUCCCCGCCGCUGCCGGCGUCGCAGGGCAGGAGCAGCCCGGUGGUGGCCUCGCUGCUGGGCACCCACAGCCCCCACGUGGCCCCCGCCGCCCCCAUCCCACCCCCGCCCGGCCUGGGCGCCGUCACCGUGGCCGCCGAGUUCCACAGGCCCCAGGCGGCCGACAAGCUGGAGAAGCUGCUGGAGAAGCUGCUGACUCGCUUUCCGCAGUGCAACAAGGCCCAGCUGACCAACAUCCUGCAGCAGAUCAAGACUGCCCGCAGGACCAUGGCCGGGCUCACCAUGGAGGAGCUGAACCAGCUGGUGGCGGCCAAGCUGGCGGAGCAGCAGGAGCGGGCAGCGGCCGGCGCCCAGCCUCUGGGCCGGAUCAGGGCCCCCAUGUUCCCUGCUCCACUGCCUCAGAUCAGCACCCCCAUGUUCCUGCCCCCGGCCCAGGUCGCGUACCCGGGAGCAGCGUCACACACCCCAGCUGCCUGUAAGCUGUGUCUGAUGUGCCAGAAGCUUGUGCAGCCCGGUGACCUCCACCCCAUGGCCUGCUCACAUGUGCUGCACAAGGAGUGCAUCAAAUUCUGGGCACAAACCAACACGAAUGACACUUGCCCCUUUUGCCCAAGCCUCAAAUGACGGCUGCUGGGACAACGUGGGCCCCUGGGAGGAGUUGCUGUGAAUAGACAGGAUCAGUUCUAAGAUUUCUACAGUUCUAUAUUUAUACGAUCAUGUAUACACAUGUACAUUUUUAUUAUAUAGGUAAUGUGUGUAUAGAAAGUCUGUAAACAUACAAAUUCAUAAAUAAAGUGUGUAUAUUAUGCAGUGAUUUUGCUGCAGCUCCUCAUUUCUUAGCCUUGCUGGUUCUUCCAAAUGAGGGCAGUGUUCCCUGCUUGCUGGGAGCUGCCUCAGCCACCUCUUCCCUCUUGGAUCCCAUCUUGGGGCCAUUCCUCAUGACCAGAUGUGUCACCACCCCCACAUCCCUGCCAGUCAUCACUUGUUUUUCCCCCUCCCCUCUUGCCAAUGAACAAGGUGCAGAUAAAGAGCCGACUUUUUGUGGUCAUUUUUUUUAAUGUCAUAAUAAUUUACCGUGUUAACAUUCAUUGUUCUUACAUAGACACUGGGUUACAGAGUACUGGAGCCUCCAGCGACAGCCCGUGGUCCCAUCCUGUCCCCUCCCCUGCUGUCACCGGGCCCUGGGGAGGGAGCGGACGGUUCGGCUGCGCUGCAGCUCAGGAAAAAUCAAAACUCCUGCGUUCCCCUCUCCUGUACUUCCUCCCGAAGCACGGGCUGACACACCGACCCUUCCUCCACGGAUUUCGGUGGGAUUGCGGGGUGCUCAGCACCACUGAAAAUCUUGCAAU